UUGUGGAAAUUCGUUUUAUCAUGAAAUUCAAUAAGUAUCAGUAUUCUUCAUGCAUUGAUCCCAAUAGAACCAAUAGUUCAUUAAAGGAACAUCCAGAUAUGAAACUAUGCUGUUAUUAUCAACUCCCAAAUCAAAACUUUUUUAAAUGUUUCUGUACAUCCAUUUGUUCUGCAACGAAAAGACUUGAUAUGAAGGGGAGUGUUAUACGUGAAAAGAUCAGGAGACAUUUUCAGGACACGGACAUUCCAGCUUUAUUAAUCUUUUUAAAAAAAAAUCCAGAUAUUAUUCAUAUUAACUUAGCAAAUAACGAUAUCUCAGACACUGGCUUUAUGAAUUUGCUUGAUCAUGUACUUGUAAGAUAA